UGGAGGGAGCCUGGGCCGGGAGGCAGUGCCGGUCCGGGCCCAGCGGCCUGGGUUGGGCUGGGCGGAAGCUGGGAGGGCUGUGGGGACGGCGCUUUUUCCUCUGCCCCGCCCCCUGGGACCACCUCCCCUCCCCCCGGCUAUCCACCGGCCGGGAUGUGGCCGGCGGCCGUUAGUUAGGCUUCCCGAGGCCGUUCCUCCAGGCCUCUUUCUCCCGGGCCGGCGAGAGGCCGUCUCCCUUGUCGUUACCACAGGCCCCAUCUCGGCGCCCAGCCCUCCUGGGGGCAAAAAGGCCGGUUGGGAUUUCGGGGCUUUCCCGCCUGAGCAGGGUCUUCUCUCACGGGAAAGCUGUUUUCACCGGGAAGCUCAGCUUUCUGUUACACCUGCUUCACCUCCCGCCUUCCUUGAGACCUGAGUGAUAUUUCUCGACUACUUCUGCGUCUCACGUAAACAUUUCUCCAACUCUUUUACUCUGUGGUAUCUCCCUGAGACGUGAUAUCGCUAGUGUGCCACCACCAGAAAGAAACGUCUGGACCCUCCUGCCCAGAACUUUGUAUCUUUGCUAAAGUCAGUGAUGUGAAAAGACCUGACAUGGGUUUUGAACUGUUUGGCAGAUGAUCUCAGUCAAUUCCAAAUGAGCCAAUUUCUGCACACGGGCCUCUUUUUGACAAUGACAUUUUGAGAUUGCUGGCCAAUGAUGAUAUUGCUGAUAGGAUGAGGAUGGAUGCUGGAGAAGUAACGUUAGUGAACCACAACUCCUUAUUCAAAACCCAUCUCCUGGGACAAACAGGUUUUCCAGAGGACCAGCUUUCACUUUCCGACCAUCAGAUAUUACCUUCCAGGGAAGGAAAUUUGGACCGAUUUUAUACAUGUUCUACAAGAAGUGCAGCUUAUAAUCCAAAUUAUUAUUCAGGAUUCUUUGUCAGCAAGAUGAGAUCUCCUCCCCUAAAAAGACACAACCCUUCCUCAGACAGUUUUCUUGGCUCAGGAGAUUUAAGAACCUUUGGCCAGAGUGCAAAUGGCCAGUGGAGAAAUUCCACUCCAGCAUCAGGUUCAACUUUACAAAAAUCAAGAAACAGCCGAAGUCUUUACCUCGAAACCCGAAAGACCUCAAGUGGAUUAUCAAACACUUUUACAGGAAAGUCAAAUCAUCACUGCCAUGUGUCUGCAUACGAAAAAUCUUUUCCUAUUAAGCCUGUCCCAAGUCCAUCUUGGAGUGGUUCAUGUCGCCGAAACCUCUUGAGCCCCAAGAAAACUCAGAGGCGACAUGUUAGUACAGCAGAAGAGACAGUCCAAGAAGAAGAAAGAGAGAUUUACAGACAGCUACUACAGAUGGUUACAGGGAAACAGUUUUCUGUAGCCAAACCCACCACACAUUUUCCUUUACACCUGUCCCGAUGUCUUAGUUCUAAUAAGAAUACUUUGAAAGACCCACUGUUUAAAAAUGGAAGUUCUUGUGCAGCUCAGAUUAUUGGCUCUGAUACUUCAUCAUCUGGAUCUGCCAGCAUUUUAACUACCCAGGAACAAGUGCCCCACAGUGUGUAUUCCUUAUCGUCUUAUGCCCCAGAUGUUGUUGCAUUUGGAUCCAAAGAUUCUGAUCCUCUCCAUCAACCCCAACAUCACCACUCUCUUCUACAUCAGCCAGACAACUUACCAGCUUCAAAUACACAAUCGGAAGGAUCAGACUCUGUGAUUUUACUCAAAGUGAAAGAUUCCCAGACUGCAACUCCCAGUCCUGCAUUUUUCCAGGCAGAGCUGUGGAUCAAAGAAUUAACUAGUGUUUAUGAUUCUCGAGCACGGGAGAGAUUGCGCCAGAUUGAAGAGCAGAAAGCACUAGCACUGCAGCUUCAAAACCAGAGACUGCAGGAACAGGAGCAUUCAGUACAUGAUUCAGUAGAACUGCAUCUUCGUGUACCUCUUGAAAAGGAGAUCCCUGUCACGAUCACCCAAGAAACAGAAAAGAAAGGUCAUAAAUUAACUGAUAGUGAAGAUGAAUUUCCUGAAAUCACAGAGGAAAUGGAGAAGGAAAUAAAAAAUGUAUUUCGUAAUGGGAACCAAGAUGAAGUUCUGAGUGAAGCAUUCCGCUUGACCAUUACACGCAAAGAUAUUCAAACUCUGAACCAUCUGAACUGGCUCAAUGAUGAGAUCAUCAAUUUCUACAUGAAUAUGUUGAUGGAGCGAAGUAAAGAGAAGGGAUUACCAAGUGUGCAUGCAUUUAAUACCUUUUUUUUCACUAAGUUAAAAACGGCUGGUUAUCAGGCAGUGAAACGUUGGACAAAGAAAGUGGAUGUGUUUUCUGUUGACAUUCUUUUGGUGCCCAUUCACCUGGGAGUGCACUGGUGUCUUGCUGUUGUGGACUUUCGAAAGAAGAAUAUUACCUAUUACGACUCUAUGGGUGGGAUAAACAAUGAAGCCUGCAGGAUCCUCCUCCAAUACCUAAAGCAAGAAAGCAUUGACAAGAAAAGGAAAGAGUUUGACACCAAUGGCUGGCAGCUCUUCAGCAAGAAAAGCCAGGAAAUUCCACAGCAGAUGAAUGGAAGUGAUUGUGGCAUGUUUGCCUGCAAAUAUGCUGACUGCAUUACCAAAGACAGACCAAUCAACUUCACACAGCAACACAUGCCAUACUUCCGGAAGCGGAUGGUCUGGGAGAUUCUCCACCGAAAGCUCUUGUGAAGACUGUCUCAGUUAGCCGACAUUGACCUUGCGGGGGACCAGCUCUUUGUUGUCUAUAGCCAGAGACCUUGGAGACAGCUGCUCCCAACCCUCUGUUCUUGUAAAGCCCUUGAUCCUGGACCAGGCCCUGGCGAGAUGCAUUCACAAGCACAUCUGCCUUUCCUUUUGUAUCUCAGAUACUAUUUUUGCAAAGAAACUUUGGUGCUGUGAAAGGGGUGAGGGACAUCCCUAAGCUGAAGAGAGAGACUGCUUUUCACUUCUUCAGUUCUGCCAUCUUGUUUUCAAAGGGCUCCAGCCUCACUCAGUCCCUAAUUUGGGGGCCGAGAGAAGCUUGGACAGAUUCUUGGUUUCAUAUAAACUCUUGUUAGGCCUUACUAAGAGGUAGGAAAGGGCACGGGCAAAAAGGUAGGGAUGAAAACCACCAGCAUAUACACGCACACAUACAUACACACAGGAUUUUCAAGAUGUGUUGUCAGGAAAGUGACUGUAAACUGGACUUUGGGUCACAUGCAUAAGUCCCUCCUCCAGGAUUUUCCCUAUUUAUAUGCCUCUUUGUGAAAUCCGUCUGCUUCUGUACAAGGCUAUUUUAUCAUCUGUAGCUUCCUCCCAUCCUGAGGCACAGCACAUGAGCCCUGGGUGGACCCCAAAGUCCCAGGCAGUCCUUUCCUUAAAGCAGGGGUUUGCAUGUGCUCACAACACAUGAUAUGGGGAAGACCCACCCAGGGAGCGGUUUAGUGGAGCAACAAAGGCACCACUUUUACUGCCGCCUACUUCUGACCAAGAAGAAGGACCUCAGUCUUUAGCAUAAAAUUCCAGCAUUGGAUGAAUGCAGGUCUAGUUUGGUCUGUGGCUAGUUAGUUUAAAUAUGUUUCUAACCACAGAGAAUUUCAUAUAUAUAUAUAUAUAUAUAUAUAUAUAUAUAUAUAUAUAUAUAUAUAUAUAUUUCACAGGGAUACGUGUUUUUUUAAAAGGCUGAAUGUGUUCACCACUUUAGCCUGUAGAUUUAUUUCCAUUUUCCAAAUUUAGCUCUAGCACGCACAGAGCCCAGCCCCUAUGUGUAGGGUGUUUGUGGACUUCCUAACAAUAUUUUGAGGCCUGAAUGAACUUUGGCUUAGGGGUAGAGGUUACAGAGGGAGGCAAGAUUUUCAACUGGAAAACGGGUGGAAUUUGGACUGAUCGACUUGAGACUAAAAAAACCGCUAUUCCUUUUGUUCUUUCUAGCAUCUCCCCCACCCACCGAGCGCUCCUCAGGCUAGAUAGUGAAACGAUCCAAUGCCAGUGUCAUUUUGUACUUCAGUUCCAAAAUAGGAACGUUUUAUACUUUUUUCUGUAUUGUAAUAGGUAGUUUUGUAUGAAAUAUUUUCUCUUCUUCCCUUGUACCCCAUCCUUUCCAACAUUGUGCUUUCUCUCUGGGCUUAUUUGAAAAUUUUACUCUGUUUUAUACCAAGCUUGUUUAGUACAUUUUUCUAUGUUUUACCACAGGUUACAAUUUGAAAAGAAAACUAUUUUUUUUAAAUAUUCCAUUGUUAACUGAAUGUUACUGUUUCCACUCCAGCAACUAGAUGUCCUACCUUUUUCAUAACUGCCUGCGUUUUUGGGGAAGACCACCUUUUCUUUCUUUCCUUCCUUCUUUCUUUCAUUUUCUUUUUCUUUCUUUCUUUCUUUCUUUCUUUCUUUCUUUCUUUCUUUCUUUCUUUCUUUCUUUCUUUCUUGUGUUUUUCUAUAGGAAAUAAAUAGCUUUCUAUUUAUGAGUUGCUGAGACCUUUCACAUUCUCUGUUAGAAAGCUAUGGCAUGCAGGCUCAUUGUAGGACUCCUGUACAUGGAUUCUUGGUACUUAAUGUAUUUCAGUGGCAACUUGAAAGGUGGCAAUAUGGUAUAGAUUCUGAUUAUGAAUCAGAAGACCUGAGUUUUUUCAGGUGCUCUUGCUACUGUCUGGGGGACUCAGAACAAGAUAGUUCUCUGUAUUUAUUAUUUGUCCAUUUAGAUAACAUCUGUCUUACCUUCCUCACAGACUUUUUGUACAGACCAAAGCAACAAAUAUUUAUUGCCAUGUAUAACAGAAAAUGAAACAUGCAACAAAAGCACUUUGAAAAAUAUAUAAGGAAUUGUUGAGCCUGUGUGAACGUGGACCCCCUUUCUGGUCAAUACAUUUUUGUACAAGGGGAAGUUAGUGAUCCUGAGACCACCCUACAUGGGUGGACCAAGCUGAGACAUAGGUUGUAGCCCAGAGUGGCUCAAUGGGAACCACCCAUUUGACUAUAUUUGGGUCUAUAUUUGACUUCUAUGGUGGGCUAUUUUUCCAGAGAGCUAGCCACAAGAUCAGGACUAGCAUCUGGAAACUUAAUUUCUCCUUUAUUUAAGGGUGGGCUUUGAUGACCAGGGAGGGGAAAAAAAGAGGUUCUUGCAUUACAUGGCUAAGGGCAUGCUACCAAUAUCUUAUUUAAAUUGCUUUAAACUAAAGCCUAUUGCUUUCCUUUUCUCCUAUCUUCCAUUCUUCUCUGUGCUCAGUGCUCGUAAUGACCUACCUCCCCUUAAAAAGGAACACUCGAGAGAUGAUGAACUCUAUCUAGAUAUAGAGCCUUCAACAGAAACCACAGUCCCAACAAUCACUCCUGGACCCUGUACAGAGAAAAUCAGAACAUUUGAGAAUACAUGGCCCAAGGCAUGGAGGUUAGUUCUGUCCCAUUUUUUUGCCUGGGACCCAACGUUGCUCCUGGGAGUCCUGUUUGGGGUUGAAUGUAAGAGUUCUUUUCCCUCUUCCUCUCCAUCAUGGAGACUGUGUAUAAAUGUGUAAAUUGACUUCUCUAUAUAUGAGAUGCUUCAUACUUGUGUGUGGUAUCAAAUUUUCUUUAGCCCCUCUAAUUGUGUAAUUGUGCCAGCAUCUUCUACCCACUGUCCCUAGCAAUGUUAGCCCCAAGUUUUAGUGUCCUGGGGCAGACACAGGUAGCCUGAAAAAGUACUGCCAGCAACCCCAUCCCAUAUUCUGUCCAUCACCACCUGGGUUCACAUGGCUUAUAAAAGGCCUAGAGGAGAAGGAGAGGGUUCACUUAAGAGCACCAGUGUUUUUAAUGUUUCGGCUUCUGGUCAUUCUCCCUUGCCAUCCCUCCAGCUCUCAAAUAUGUCUUCAGAGUAAGAGAGACAGAUAACUGACACUUAGACUUUGUCUUCUCCCUUGCUCCACCUGGAUGGGCCAGGGCAAGGUAGAAUAUAGAGUCUCAGGCCCUGUCGGUGAUUCAAACAGGCUAUAUGCUGAGCCCCUGGAGAAGUUGCCAUGUUUCCCUGCCCAGGAGGAACCUGCCCAUAGCUUCAAAUUCAUCCUAAAAUUUUGGAGGGGACAAAUAAGGCUGAGCCAGCAUCUUUCCUUAUAGCCCAGGGCCUAUUUCACCUGUGCUGAGUCCUAACACUAACUAUUAAAGAGCCCAUCUAGUAAGACUACCAUUCCCAGCUUUGGAGAUGAGGAGAGACCUAGGGGUAUGUGGGGUCAUGCUGGUCAUCCACUCAUGAAUCCCCUGUAGAAUAUAAAAGAGAAACUAGAAGACUUUGAGCCAGAAAAUAAACCUUAAGAUAAUGUUAGUGCAGGCUGCCUCUUUGGUCUGUUGGGGAUAGGGUAGGGAUAAUUCCAAUUAUGAGUGGUUGGACCAAAUAUCUAGAGUCUUGUCAAAGUCUAAGAUUCUGAAACAUUGAGGGCCAUAAUCCUGCUUGGAAUAGAAUUCAGUCAAGGUAAAGAUUCAAAGUUUAAGGCCAGUAUGAAUAUGGCUUCGUCAUAAUAAUAAGGCCCAGGUCAGAGUGUCAUCCUAAUGCAACAGAUCAUAGCUGUUGCCUUUUCUCCAUUCUCAGCUGACGAGUAGCCAUCAACUGCUUGACUCCUGGAGAAUGUCCUUACCCCUCUGCAGAACCGGAGUGUCCAGAAGGGAAAGUUUGAGAAAGAGAGGUACAUGGAGCCCAGGGUCUUCAAUCCGCUGGACACCCUUCAUUCAGUUUACUCCUAUGUUCCUUUCACAAGUACCUGUAGAGCACACACAGACCCAAAUCCCCAUCUGCCUGAAGCCUUCCCUGAUUGCAUUAUCUUAAAAUCUCUUACUAGACCGCUGCAGCCCUUAUAAUCAGAAAAUGAUAUAAUUCCA